AUGUCCAAAACCCUCGCAGUCUUUGGAGCCACCGGCCAACAAGGAAGCUCCGUCAUUCACCACGGAAAUACUAUUGCCUACACUGACACCAUCCGCGGCAUAACCCGCGACACCACCUCUCCCGCAUCCCAGAAGCUCGCCGAGAAAAUCUCCCUCAUCCAGGGCGACAUCAGCGAUCCGCACUCGCUCCGCACAGCACUAACAAACGUACAUACCGUCUUCAUAAUGACCAUUCCAAAUUUCAGUCCCAACGCAGUAGAGAUCGAAUACCACAGUGGUAAAACCAUCGUAGACAUCGCUAUCGAGAUGGGAGUGCAAUAUAUAAUCUUCAACACCCUCCCACACGUAACUGCGCUCUCUCACGGUAAAUACACCCACGUCACCGCUUUCGAUGCAAAAGCCCAGAUCGAGCAGUAUAUCCGGAGACGUGCGAUCAAAAGUUCCUUCAUCUCACUCGGUUUCUUUAUUCAGAAUUUUCCAACGCAGGACUUUCUGGUUCCGCGAAAGACGGCGAAUGGAUCAUGGGUGGUGUCUCGAUAUGCGAGUGUGAAAAUGCAGUUUCCGUUACUCGAUGCGGUAGUUGAUGCGGAGAAAUUCGUGGCUGCGAUUCUCGCGGAGCCGGAUAAGUAUCAGGGAAACACUUUCUGUGCCGCGGCGAAGAUUAACUCAAUGGAUGAGAUUGUCGCUGCGCUGUCGAAAUCGAGUGGAAAAAAUAUCGUUUGUGAACAAGUCAGCGAGGAGACUUUCAAGAGCGGUUUGCCUUUUGCGGCGGAGAUGUUUGCCGAUUAUUAUAGCUUCUGUGAGGAAUUUGGAUAUUGGAGUCCGGGAUCUGAGGAGAAGGUUGCGUGGGCAGUAGAAAAUGCGCGCGGGAAAUUGGCGACGUUGGAGGAGUUUUUGGAAGCGCACCCUUAUCAGCUUGAAUGA